GCACAGCAUUCGCAGUCCAUAGCAUGGCAUCUCAACGCCCCACUCGCGCUGGUCACGUCAACUACACUGACCCUUUCUCCGUCUAUGGCAGAGCUAUCAUCCACAGAUACCACGCCGAAAUCCGAGCCAAGUAUCAAGGGGUUCCUAUGCAACUCCCGCCCGCUUUUCCGGACGUCAUAUCGAUGACGCUCAAUGAAGGCGGAGACCUUGGUCGUCUUGGCCGUCACGGGCAGCCGGUCUUGAUACCGUGCCCUCGCGACACCGACUCCGCCAAAGUAGGCAUCAUCGGGGCCGGCGUCGGAGGCCUGUACGCCGCGAUGAUGCUGGAAUCUCUUGAGAUUGAUUACGACAUCUUGGAAGCCUCCGAUCGCAUUGGAGGCAGGCUUUACACCUACAAGUUCUCGGAGAAAGAACACGACUACUUCGAUGUAGGCGCGAUGCGUUUCCCAGACACGCCGAUGAUGAAGCGAACGUUCCAUCUCUUCGACAAGCUCACACAGGAUGCCGGCCUAUCGCAGAUUCCCUAUAUAUUCGAGAGUCCGAACACCACGCUCAUGUAUAACGGUGUGCUGAUGAAGCGGAGUUCAUCGACUGAAGACCCAGCCGCCUGGGACAUCGACAUUCCUUCGCAAUUCGAGCAACACGGUUGGUCCGCCCUACUCGACAAUGCGGUGGAUCCCUUCGUCAAAGAGCUGGCUGCAGACUUCGCUAGGGACGACAAAAAGGGCUGGCGGCUCAUGAUGGACUACGAUCAGUACUCGACCCGCGCGUACAUGUCCGCCAAUCGCAGCGACAUCCGACAGGAGCUCGAUGGACUCGGACUCAUGCCGUACCCGACACCUGUGGUUGACUGGAUCGAGACGUUCGACAACUCGAGUGCAGCGUACGAUCGAGCACUGUCGGAGGACGUCCUGGAUAGUCUGGCAUUCGCCUUUCCCCAGGAGACGCCGGUUGAAUGGUGGUGUGUCGAUGGCGGUUCACAAGUCAUCGCAGAGAAAAUGGCGGGUUUGCUGACGCAGGCGCCUGUCCAGAAUUGCCGAGUGACCGCCAUUGCCCUGAAGGACUUUGACCCUUCAGCGCAGCAGGACUGGGACCAAGCGAAGGUUGAGUUGACCUUCGCCGAUCCCCUGGUCGAACCACGGUCGUAUGGGCACGUCAUCAGCACCGUCACUCUUCCGUGCCUCCGAACCAUGGACCUCAGCCGGGCAUCGCUCACAUCGGCUCAAAGCACUGCCAUCCGCACGCUGCGCUAUGGGCCUGCCAUUAAGAUCGGUGUCAAGUUCAAGACCUCUUGGUGGACCGACGCCACUGUGAUGGCGAAGUACCAGCAACCGGAUUAUCCAUACGGGGCCAUCGUUGGAGGGCAAUCCUCGAACGAUCGCAUGGUGCGCACCGUUGUCUAUCCCUCCUAUGGCGAGAACGGGGGCGAGAAGUCCACCGUCCUCAUCGUCAGCUACUGUUGGACGGAGGACGCGAACAGUUGGACCGCUCUGUUCGGAGAUAGCUCGAAGGAAGAAGUGAAGGACAUCGUAUUGCGGGACCUUGUGGCCGUUCACGGGUUCCGGCAGGCUGACGGCCAUAAGUUCUUGGAAAGCCAGUGGGUGGACAGUUACCAAUGGAGUUGGGCAGCUCAGCCGGAUUACAUGGGUGCAUUCGGUUACUUCGGUCCUGGUCAAUUCUCCUAUACGUACACAAACAUGACGCAGCCAGCUGCCGUUGGACGCCUCCAUUUCGCUGGCGAGGCUUUGAGUCCUCGGCACGCUUGGGUCGUUGGCGCUCUCGAUGCCUCGUGGCGCGCUGUCUACGAAAUUCUCCAGACAAGCUACCCUGGCCAAGUGGAUAAGUUCAAACGAUUGUGGGGCUCAGACGAGGAGUGGACUGAUGAAGUCCUCGACCGCCACGUGUGUUACUCUCUUAUCGCCCAGGGGCUGAGGGAUGUAAACUUGAAGCAGAGAGCUUAGGACGGGGCGUUUGAUACCACUGCUAGCAAUUUGUACGAGUAUGCAGGCGCUUUCUUGAUAUCUGAUUGUAAGUACUACACAACGCUUGCGAAUCUUGGGUUGGUAUGCAUUCAAUACGAGGGUCAACUCACAAUAUGUCAACCUCGAAUUGAUGGUGGCGUUGCCAGUGGCUGGGCGGUGCCAGCACUUAGCGGGCCAUCUGCCAGCCUGAGUACUAUACUUCUCUUGUCAAAAGUCACAGCCUAUCCAAAGUCAUACCGCAGUAUGAGUUGGAGC